ACGGAGAUAGAAUAUAUCCAAGAUAUUCAAUUUUCUCUUUUAAAAAAUGACAUUUUUUAUAAUUAAGUUUAAAUCCGUAUUGUUUUAAAAUCAAAAGUACCUCUUUCAAUGAAGACAAGUUUUCCUCAACUGUACAAGAUGGCACCAAGAUAUCAUCAAUGUAAACUAAAACUUUAUCCUCGCGCAAAAGAGGUUGAAAGAUUUGGAUCAUUCUCUUUUGGAACUCAGCUGGAGCCUCACAGUAACCAAAAGACCAUGCGAAGCGUCGAGGAGAAUAAGCAUAAGUUGUAUUGUCUUUGAGAGACACUGUGACGGCAUGACCAUCUUCAAUUGGAAUGACAGAAGUAUUCUCAACUUCACGAAUUAAAGUUACAAGUUUUUCAUCAACCGUUGGUCCGAAAUCAGAUUCGAAAGUAAACUCAUCAGAAAAACCAGCAGUCACCUUAACAAUAUUGUCGCUAAUUUUAUACGGCGAUCCGAUGUCGACAAAAGCUACCGUCGGUGAAUGGGAAGGCUGGGAAGACUGGAUGGUCUGGAGAGACUGGAAGGACUGGGAGGUCUCAGAAGAUUGUGACGAAGACGUCUCUUCAAUCGAAGCAACCGCUGACGAGCUACCAGAUGAAUUUCCAGUCAAGUUCUGCUCCUUUUUCUUCAGACGAAAACAGUUGUCCCGGGUAUGCCCCUUUGUCCGGCAAUAAACACAAAAUACUUCCUUGGAAGAAUCGGUAGACGGGCCUAUUUUGGAAGAAGUCGUUUCUUCUUUCUUGAUAUUAUCCUUGGAAUUGACAGGCUUAACAGGAACAGGAGGGGUCUUUUUGGAAGGAUCACCAAAAGCCAAAAUAAGUGAGUGCAUCUUGUCUAAGAAUUGAUCGAUAGUUUCUGCUUGGAUCAAAGAAGCUGAAGCUCUUAAAGAUGGACUUCCUAUACCAGAGAUCAGGAAAUCAAUAUUUUGUUUUUCAGGCAAACGAAAAUUCUGUAAAAGCUUCAA